GGAUAAUGAAACCCUAAACGCAGCUUUGGAUUCUGAGCACUGUUGCCUAAUCAUGGCAAGAAGUAGGAGAGCUGUCUGGAUUUCAUCUCUGACUAGAAAACUUCUCACUUUUGUGAUUGCUAUAUCAUGCAUUGCAGAAGAGCGCGACAUAUACAUAGUUCUAAUGGAAGGUGAGCCGGUUGUAUUUCAUCAUCAAAAAAAUUCUGGUACAAUGCCAACUGAGAAAGGAGAAGGAUCCGAUCCCAACAGUGAGGCCUCCAAGUCUCAUGCAAAGCACCUGAUCGACUCCCAUGAUCAGCUUCUUCAAACUGCUUUAGACGCAGGAAGCUACACCAAGCUUUACAGCUUUAAAAACAUUGUUAAUGGAUUCGCAGUCCAUACUAGCCCAUCUCAGGUUGAGAGAAUAAAGAAAGCUCCUGGGGUUAAGAUUGUAGAGAGAGACAGGAGAGCCAAAUUAAUGACAACUUAUACACCACAAUUCUUAGGGUUGCCAGCGGUUUGGACUCAGGAAGGAGGAGAUCGAAAUGCUGGUGAAGGAACUGUGAUCGGUUUCGUGGACUCGGGCAUCGACCCUCUUCACCCCAGCUUUGCUGGUGACCCAACCAAUCCUUAUAUAUCAGAACUUCCUCGUUUUUCGGGGACUUGUGAGAGUGGUCCUCUGUUUCCUGAGACUUCCUGCAAUGGUAAAAUAGUUUCUGCUAGGUUUUUCUCAGCUGGAGCACAAGCAGCUACUGCGCUUAAUGCCUCAAUGGAUUUCCUAUCACCCUUUGAUGCUGCAGGACAUGGAAGUCAUGUGGCUUCAAUUGCCGCUGGAAACUUUGGAGUUCCAGUUGUAGUUGAUGGAUUCUACUACGGAAAAGCCAGUGGCAUGGCCCCGCGUGCACGUAUUGCAGUGUACAAAGCUAUUUAUCCAAGCGUGGGAGCUCUAACAGAUGUACUUGCAGCAAUUGACCAAGCAGUUUUGGAUGGAGUGGAUAUUCUAACACUCUCCAUAGGACCAGACCAACCACCAGAAGAUGCGAUUACAUUUUUAGGCACGUUCGAAAUCUUCAUGUUAGCAGCAAACAAGGCUGGAAUUCUGGUCAUUCAAGCUGUGGGUAAUGGAGGUCCCGGUCCUUAUACUGUGGUGUCAUAUAGCCCUUGGACAGUUGGUGUGGCUGCUUCAGAUACUGACAGAAGUUACCCUGGCACUCUUAUUUUAGGCAAUGGUAAAAAAAUUGGCGGCGUGGGACUAUCAGGUCCGAGUUCUGGACAAGGAUUACUUCAACAUAGGCUGAUCUUAGCGAAAGAUGCAGUAAUUAGGAAUGGAAACUUUCCUAGGAUUUCACAGUAUAUAGAAGAAUGCCAAUAUCCUGAGGCACUAGAUCCUGCUGUGGUGCUAGGAAGUGUGGUGAUCUGCACAUUCUCAGACGGCUUUUACAAUGGAACUUCAAACCUUACUGCCAUCAUAAACACAGCAAAAGUUCUUGGUUUCGUAGGUUUUGUGCUUGUUGCAAACCCAAGAUAUGGAGACUUUAUAGCUGAACCUAUUCCAUUCUCUGUUCCUAGCAUAAUGAUCCCAAGAACAAGUGAUGCACUUCUAAUAUCCCAAUACUACGAAGAGCAAACUAGUCGUGAUAAGAGAGGAUUGGUAAUCAGUUACAGCGGAAGAGCAGCAAUAGGUGAGGGAAGGACUGCUGCUUGCAUGGGACGUGCACCUACUGUCAGCAGAUUCUCCGCAAGGGGUCCUGAUUACAUAGACCAACGAAAGAAUCCUACUGAUGUGCUUAAGCCAGAUAUUUUGGCUCCAGGGCAUCAAAUUUGGGCAGCUUGGAGCCCAUUGAGUGCUUCAGAUCCCAUGCUAGCUGGACAAAAUUUUGCUCUAAUAUCUGGUACUAGCAUGGCGACACCUCACAUUUCAGGCAUAGCUGCGCUCAUCAAGCAAAAUAAUCCUAAAUGGACCCCAUCCAUGAUUGCUUCAGCAAUGUCAACCACUGCAACAAAAUAUGACAAUCAGGGAGAUCAGAUAAUGGCUCAUGGAUUUGAAAUUGAUAGCUUGUAUACUGCUGCUCCAUUUGGUUUUGGUGCUGGCCAUGUCAAUCCCAGUCGUGCUAUGGAUCCAGGGCUUGUUUUCUCUGCUGGAUACGAAGACUACAUUAGUUUCUUGUGCUCUCUUCCAAACCUGGAUCCAGCAUCGAUUAGAACGGCUACUGGAGGACCGUGUACUUCCUCUUUUGGAAGCCCAGCUGACCUCAACCUGCCUUCAGUGACGAUAACAGCCCUUUCAGGAUCAAGAACAGUACACAGGAGAGUGACGAAUGUGGCAAGCAAACCGGAGACUUAUGUAUGCGGUGUGCUACCACCAGCUGGAGUGAUGAUCGAUAUCCAUCCGCCCUGGUUUAGGGUAGCCCCUCAAGGAAUACAAGACCUGGAAAUAAGACUCAAUGUAACUCAAGCACUCGAUGACUUCAGCUUUGGUGAAAUUGUUUUGGCAGGAAGUCUGGAUCAUAUCGCGAGAAUCCCAUUGUCUGUAUUGCCUGUUUCGUUAUCUUAAGUUUGAAAUCAAUAAAUGUUAAGUCUGUAUCGUUGGACAAAUAUUUUUAUUUUUGCCCCCCCUCAAUAAGGAACCCCCCCUAUGCAUUCCAAUGAGUUUACUCCCGUUCUGAAAUUUUUGUUUUAUGUAGUUUGAGAGCAGUGAUCCUGUUACAAAAUCUGUUUUGUGGGCGACGUACUAGUACAAA